CCCGGAAGUUGAAACUGUAGGUGCCCCAAACACUGCGAGCGUGCUAGGAGCGAAACAUUCAGGAUGUCCGAUCAAGAUCAGGGUGACCAUAGUCAAGAGACAUCGGGACCUGGAGAUGGUGGCACCGCCAGUGCCAGCGACUCGUCAAGUGAAUACAUCAAACUAAAAGUUGUAGGCCAGGACAGCACAGAAAUACAUUUCCGAGUGAAGAUGAGUACACCAAUGUUGAAAUUGAAGAAGUCUUACAGUGAAAGAAUGGGUUUACAGUUGACAUCAUUGAGGUUUUUGUUUGACGGCCGGAGAAUCAAUGAUAGUGAAACACCGAAACAGCUGGAGAUGGAGAAUGACGAUUCUAUCGAGGUGUACCAGGAACAGACUGGAGGCCACUGAUCUCACGUCCGACACCUCCCAGGGACACCAGGUGGCCACUCAUCGAGACAUGGAGUCUCCAAUUUGGACAUUUUCAAAGCUCAACUGGUUUAUGAAGCUAGAGCGGAACCAAGCCUUCAAGUCCAGAGCAGAUUUGUUAAUUUAAUCUUCAUAGUUUGCCAAUGUCAGAAUCAUCUGAUCAGUUUGUGUCCAAUUUAGGCCAUUUUAGUUCGCCUAUGUUUCUGUUUUCAUGUGGUUCAUUUCAUUGAAUCCUGGGUUUUAGAGGCAAGUAAGGCCAUCUCUGUUGCCAUGGUUACAGUGCACGAAACUGAACCAGCCAAUCAGCUUGUCAGCUUGAUGACCUCUUAAAUAUGACUUUUAUUCCAUUAUUUGUUUUAUACUACUCAAGACAAGUUAAGAACACCCACAAGUGGAAGGCUGUGUUGGAAUACCCACCAGCCAUGACACACUAACUGUAGUCAUAUGAAAAAGAAUUGGGUGUUCUUUGCCUUUUUUUAGUUGUAUAUAUAGUUUGUCUGUAGAGGCUUGGUGUACUGACAACUUUCAAACACUACAACGGGCAAAUGGAAACUGAUCAUGCCCUGCAUAUAGCAGUUACAAAUGUUUUUGGUUGACUUUGUAAGAUGUCAAGGUGAGGGUUACACUAGUUUUCAGCAUUUUAUCUUUGGCUC